CUCUAUUUAAGAACAUGGCCAAGAUCGUCGGCGUUUAGAAGACCAGAACGGCAUGAGAAAGCCCCAGCAACGAAAAGUUUCAUGAUCGAUGAUAUUUUGAAGAGGGUGGAACCGGCAAAAAAGAGCAAGGAAUAUAGUGAACUCUGUAAGUAAAUCGAAGUCUUGUCUAGUUACAACUUUUAAGACUCCAAGUUACUUCGUGUCCCGUUUUAAGUUGUUUGUAAGACAGUGUUGCGUGGCAAAUCUUAAAGAAGUGUAUGAUGCACAUUAGCCGGCUUUAGUGUUUUAUCGCCGAGAUUCAUUUGCUGCUUUGGUUUCUUUUUGAAUGGAGUUACACGAUUUUUGUCGUUUGCUUGUAACAUGUUGAAAAAUUAAGCCGUUUUAUUGUUUGGCAACAAAUUUGUUAAACUGCCGACGUCUUCUUGUUGAAUUCACAAAUCGACGUCAUUUAAUAAAAUUUGCUGUGGUUGCCGAACCACUUAGCAAACAGGAAAAACGACAAGCAACACAGGAAAGUAUCCUGAAUCCUUCAAUUAAGAGGUUUCACUUCAAAAUUUGAAAGUUCAAGAUUAUAAGAGUAAGAGAAAACAAAAUGCCACCCUUUUGGAAGUCAGUUGGUUGCAAUCAAGUUGGUAAAUUUAGUCUAGAGGCGACAAGGCGGGGUGACGGCUUUAAAACAGUCUAUGGUGCCACCAACAUGGAGUUAUAGUGAACUUGAAAUUCCAACUAAAGUGUUUUUAUCAGUGGUAAUUUCCUAUAAAGAUUAGUCUGGCGUUACCAAUGCAUCAAAAUUGUUACAAGCCGUGUCGUUGUCUAAGGACGGCCAUUGUCACUGUAUUUGAGAAAAAUGGAUUGUCGCUAUUUCUGUUAAUAACUCCUUGGUUCUCGCUCUUGAAAGCAGGUAUAGCGAAACCAUAAGUGAAUCCCGCAGAACAAGUCAUGCCACUCCGGGAAAAGCGUUUUCAGAACUCAGUUAUAGAGUUGCAAGUUAGGCGGGUGGAAGGUAGCGGGGAACAGAGGCAGCAAACGAUGAAGUAGGAGGAUCCAUUGUAUUUCAAAACUCUUUAUGACAACAUCAUCAUCUUUUUCAAGUCACACCUACCUCGAAAAUUUCUUCUGGCGAACUGUGUAUCAGCUUCAAAGUAUUUCUAAUAAAAUUAUUCCUUGACGGAAGUCUAUGAAUAAAAUUUUCAACGUAUGGUACAAGAAUUAAAUGUCAGAAUUUUAAUUUUCGCAGCAUACAUCUGGAGUGGUCACAUGCCAACUUUUUCUCUAUAUCAAGCUAAUAUGGACAAGCUAGACGCCUGUAAGUAUAAACCUCUCGCUUUGAUUUUUUUUAGGGAAGAGUGAAAAUCCCGGGGGGGGGGUACUCCCCUAUAUAAGCCAUAUAUGUAUGUGCCGCCCCAAGGGGUAGGGUUCUUACGCCGUUUUGGUCUGAAAACGGGUAAAGACUUUGCCCACUUGGGUCUGGAAUCGGGUACGGUUCUCGAGGGAACUCGUAGGAGUGCAUGAACGUGUUCAUCGUUUCAAUUCCACGGAGGUAGAAAGAAAGAGAUAUAUGAGAACGUGAAAUCUUUUCCGUUCUUGUUCUAAUCAAGGUAAUAAUAAAAUAAUUCCUUAGACGCCAAGUCUGAAAACGGGUGUGGAUUUUAGAGGCCAGGUGUGAAGAGGGGUGUAAAAAAUUACAUUUUUUGGUCUGAAAUAGGGUCAAGAUUUGGAGAACCGGGUUGCACACCCCACCAAUAAUUCCCAGGAGUACCUCCCCGGGGAAAAUCUUAACCGUUUAGGGGUUUUAUUGGGUCAGAGACUGGUUCACUCAAGAGAAGUACACGUGGACACAAGAAGUAUGGCAAAUGAUCUGAUAGAAACCCGUGGCGUGUGUUUAAUAUUGGUAGCCCAAGCGGGGAGGUUUAUUAGAUAUUAGGCGUUUAAAUAUUGGUAAUAGGACUGAGUGGAGUCCAAUUGGGCCGUAACCAUACGAGUGAUUAACAAAAUCGAACGACCGUGUAGUGGGGAUCCGAUUUGUUAACUCACGAGUAUGAUAACAGACCGAAUUGGAGGACACAAAGUAAUGAACCAUUACAAUUUCCAAAAAAAAUAAAUGGAUCCCCUUUUCUGAAGGAGUUUUUAAUACCAAUUACCCAAAAUUACGGACAAGUCACUGGUAGACACAAUCUCAUGUUACAAAUUUCGUCCAUUUUGGAAAAUCCCCUGUUUGGUAGGGUAAUUGGUUAUUGCUAUAAUUAUUGUGAUAAAUUCUGCGAUUGGUGGAUUUAGCUGAGUGCACUCAAUAUGAUUGGCUGAUAUAACUGUUCGAUUACAGGUGUCCGAUUACAGCCGACUGUCCGAUUUCAACCCUAGACAAUAAUUAGUGAAAAAUAAUUUUAAGUUUUACUUUAGGUUUUUAAUAAAGCAGUUAAUGCACCAAUCAAAUUGAGGAAAUUGUAAUGGUUGCGAUUAGACAGAGAGGCGUUUAUUCUCAUAACUGUAACAAACUCCACAGAAUAAUCGGCUUUCGGCGAACUCAUCACCACGGCAGACUAUAUAUCCAGUAGUCCAUCCACUGAUACAUCUAAGCCGCUUAGAGAUCAGAUCCUUAGUUUGAACCUGACACUCAACAGCUAGGGUGUAAUGCGCAGACUCUUGUCAAACAAAAAAACAAAAAAUAAUUGAAAUGAUUUUGCUCUAUUUUACUAUUUCCUAUUAUUAUGGAGCAACUGUCAUGGGGGGCGUAUUAGACAAGAGGCGUUUAUUUGAGAGGACGUCUAUUAGAUAAUUUACGCUGAAACUCGAGACUUUUUAUACGUCCAACCUAAACGCAUUUACCCCUCAUGAUAAGAAAAAAGGAUCAACAUUGAAGCUUGGCAGUUCCUGAAAACGAGACAAAAACGGCUCUUGAAAGAACAUUAUGGUAUUUUAGGAAAAAAAAUUUAAAAACCCGUUUUUGACAUGACAUGUAUUUCUGUAUUUAGAUGCAACACAAGCAAGCCAGAGGAAAACUGAGGUGGUAUGCCCAAUACCGAAGUAUUUUCGCGCCUUUUUGCACGAUAGCCGGCGUUUCCGCAGAACACGCACAGUCUUCACGCGUGCGCAGCUUCACGAACUGGAAGAAAGAUUUGAACGCGAAAAAUAUCUCUCCACGCACGGAAGGAAGGACUUUGCACGACAACUAAAACUCACGCCGUUGCAAGUGAAGACGUGGUUUCAGAACCGGCGAAUGAAAUGGAAGAAGGAAAUGUUGAGGAAAGACCCGAAUGCUGUAACAACGCGAGCGAAGGGUCGCCCCAAAAAGGACGAAUUCUGA